UGCUUCCUUGACUAUGGUGCUGUGGUACCUGCUUAAACACCCCCCUCACUCCGCCUCGCUUGGUCAACUCUCUAAACGCACCCUCAGAGAGCUCUCUCUCUCUCUCUCUCUCUGUCUCUCUCUCUCCAUACGCGCGCGCACACACACACACACACACACACACACAUGCACGCACGCACGGGCGCUCAUAUAGGAGGAUCCCAACAGAGAAGCGGCCAGUGAAUAGCAGAGCGGAGCGCUCACCGGACCAAGCUAGUUAAGUUGUCCGCUUCGUGAUUUCUGCCCCCACCUCCCACCCCUUCAUUCACGGGCAGCUUCAGCAGCUACAACAAACCGGACUACCGGGCUCACCGCCGGUUAAGAAGAGUCCUCUCCAGCGCUCCAGACAGUCUCAGACUGGUCGUCAUCGUCUGUUUUACUCCGGAGACUGCGGAUUUUAUCCUUGAUCUUUUCCAGUGGAUGCCGAGAGUGCUCACCGCCUCCCUGAGAUAAACAAAGUCUAUGGACAUUAAGUCUGCUGUUAUCUGUUGUACAGCUGGGUAAUAAAAUCCUCUGUCCGUGUCCAGCUGUCUUCUCUGCCCUCCCUCCGGUUUAACUGCACCGGUCAGACUUGGAAAGAGCAACAGCCUCCAGCGGCACAUCAGUGAGGUAGAAAAGCCCUAUAUCAAGCUGCAGCCAUGGAUGAGAUGGACCUGCCCCAGAUGAAAAAGGAGGUGGAGAGCCUCAAGUACCAACUGGCCUUCAAACGAGAGAAGUCCUCCAAAACCGUGACUGAUUUGGUAAAGUGGAUAGAGGAUGGCGUCCCAGAGGAUCCCUUCUUGAACCCGGAGCUGAUGAAGAACAACCCAUGGGUGGAGAAGGGAAAAUGCAUCCUUCUCUAGAGGAAACAAUCCCACCCUGCCAUGACCUUUCAACUUCAACCACGUUGACCAACACACACCUACAGAUGACCCCCCUAAACCUGACCCCUCCCCCUGCCUGUGAAGGCCAUGGCAGGACAGCGCCUCCUAACCUCUCACCGUGAAUGUACAACAGCUGAUAUCCCCCAACCUCUCCCGAACACGCACCCCAACAAGGGCACAGAAACACCCACACACAUACAGACACAUACAGAGACACACACUCUCUCACAUUGUCUCAAAACUUUGGGGCCACACAUUCACUGCAAGUUUAUUCCUGCCACGGCAAAACAUCAUUACUAUGAUAUGGUGACAAUGAUAAAUACUCCUACUACUAUAUGGAUACAUGACGAUUUAUUUAUGCAGCUGCCAGUCACAAACUUCUCUCCUCUUUUGCUCUUCAGUCUGAGCAUAGUGGUUUUUAUUUCUUCCAUUCAUGAUAAACUGAUGAGCUGUAAUUAACUGUAAAGUCAAAUCCUCACUGCCACACUGGUUGUAGAUCUGCUGGGAGAAUUCUGCUCUUAGGUGAGAUAUAAACCAUUUACUCUUACAAAAUCAUCACCAUCAUAAAACUAGAGCAAAGUUUUGUGACUUUUCAGAUUGAAGGUUAAUAGAUUGUUCAAGCCUGUGGUUGACAAAAUAAUGACAAUAAAAUUUAGUUCUCAUUAGAACUAAAUUAGCCAUAAAAACCUAUAAUGAUUUUUAAUUAAAUGGAGACAUUUUUAGUAUAUAUGGUAUACUUAUACACCAAGUAGUUUCUUAUGUUGGUUUACAGACUGUGGUUUUAAUACUUUAUUGAGUUAGAAAUCAAGUUAGAAAUCAGCCGUAUGCAACACCUAGGACCUGCAUGUCGAAGCCAUUAAGACUCUUAGUGCAUAAUAAUAAUGUCUUCAUAUGUAGUUGCUUGCCUUAAGUAAACUAUGAUGCUUAUUCUUCAUCUAUCCCCAUUUACACAUAUAAUCACAAAUUUCUUGUAUCUCGAUUAAAUCCAGAUACAAUUUAAUACCAUUUUGUUUGCACUUAGCAACAUAUGCUGCAUGUGUCUCCAGAAGCCAGAUCACAAAUCUGAUUGCAGUCUGUCUUGGUUUUCCCGCACUACUUGAAAAUCAGGCUUGGCUCUAGUCCAGCUCAGAGGGUGGUGAUAAUACGCCUGAAGCUGAAUCAUAUUUAUGGAUUACCUUCUGAGGUGGUUGGAGUGAUCAGAUUUCAAUCCAUCUUGAAUGCUCUUUGGGAUGCAUUUCCGCAGAGCUUUUUUGAUAUUUGAUAGCUGUCCAUACAAGGCGCAUGAAAUGCCUGUGUAUAUGGUCUUUGUCUGCAUUCAAGGCACUUCCCAUUCAGCAUAAGGACAGUUGUAAUACAUUAUAUGCCUAUGCAGUAAGCCAUUGCAACAGAUGAGUUAUCCCUACAUCCAAUUUUAAGUCUUUAUAGGUUCCAAUGGUGCAUUCAUUAAUUAUAAACAUGUUAAUUAUUUACUACUUACACUACAUUUGUAGUAUGUUAACCACAAAUUUAAGUGACAAAUGUUAGACAUGGUGAAUUCCAAGGAUUUGUCAUAUGGAAAAAAGUCCAUUGUCUAAAGAUGUCAGUAUGCUUGAAACAAAAGUAUCUGUAGCUGUUCCAAAUGGCCACACUGGGUGAAAACCUGCCGUCAGGGAGAGGGGCAAGAAACGAUGGGUUCACAUGGGGAUAAUGACGCCACUUUCAGACAAUAUUUCCUCAAGGGCAUUCACUGCGUUGAACUUGACUGUACACAUGAGAAAUGAUGGAAGCAACAUAAGACUGGAAAAUGAUCUUGAGAGAGAAGUUAAAACUGCUUUGUCUCUCAUCUGGGGAAGUGGGCGAACUUACAGGCUUUGGAAAGUCAUGAAAACACACCCCAUUCCCAUGGCAGAAAGAUGUGGGGGGAGGGGGAUUUCAGAUGCUGUUCAAAAAUCAUAAAGUCACUUCAUUUGAAGCAUACUGACACCUUAACAAAAUGUCUGAAACAUUCACAAAACACUAACUUUACUGCCAGUGAUCUCGACCGGACGACUGAAGCCUUUACAUAGAAAAAAACAACAUGCAUGAAAUCAAGAGUAGGUUACUACAGCAGCAAAAUUUUCAGCUUUCAAAGCUAUCCUGCUUGACUCACACGGUCAUUGCUCUUUUGAUUUUAAACAACUUGUAAUGCAUGAUUAUCAAAUUUACAUUCUGAAGAGAGAGAUCUGCAACCAGUGUUGUUUUGCUUCAGUGUCAUUAGGUCAGAGAGAGUCAUAGCAGCUCUGUUUGUGUUGUCAGAGCAGAAUGAGGCUCUGGGUCUCUGGAGGGGGUUGAGUUUUCUGUUCCUUCUCCUCCUUAGCUACAGACCUUAAGGCGACACACAAACACACUCAACAUAAACACAAACCAUACAUACACAUUGUCUCUCUCCACACAUGUACAGACAGACCCCUUUAACUUAUUAACUUAUUGAUCAAGACUUGGUUUAUUUAUUUAUUUAUUUAUGAUGAGACCUUUCUCUCACCUGUAGUUUUUGUUUCCUAUGUCUGCACUCCCUCUUCCUCAACUUGAAAAAAAAAAAGACCAAAAAAAAAAAAAAAACUACACCUUGCCAGAUCACCAUCUACUACUGCCUUGUACACAGUUUCCUUAAUAUAAGAAUGUAAAUAUGUGGCAUGAGGUUUGAACAUCACCACUGACCUCAGAACUGCCCUGUGUGUGUGCAUGAGACUGUGUCACUGUGUGUUUGUGUGUGCAUAGAUUUAAAAAAAAGGUGCAUAAAUUUGGACAUCAGGCUCCCAUGUGGACUGUGAUGCAUACACACACACACACACACACACAUACACACACACACACAUGCAGCUGCAUGACACACACAGGCAAGCCUGAGGCCAUGUAGAUCAACAAAACACACACACACACACACACACACACACACUGGUUAGUGAGAAUGUGUAUGAGGGGAGGAGUGGCAAGGAUGUGGGAUUCUGUAAAUGACUUGGGGACAGGAGAGCCUCACAUCAUCUCAGUACUGUAAUGAGUCUCAUUAUAUACAUUUUCCUCAAGAUGACCCAGUUCCCUAAAGGCUACUCAGUGCUUGGAGGACUUUGUUCCUAUUAUAUGUAACUGCAAAUAUUUCAUUUCUUUUAGUUUGAACAAUCAUAUGGUCGAUUAUGUGCUAAUAAAUGAUUUAUGUUGAUUAUGAUUAUUAUUCUUGCUUGCACAAAAAGUAACUUGUAAAACAUGUCUGACAGCCAGUUCAUUUGGGAUGUCUAGUAGAACCUUAAGCAUAAUUCAAUGUAAACUCCAAAUGGAGCCAUUUUAGAAGUCCUAUGGUUCAGUGAGAGCUAUAUAUGCACUCUCCUUAUUUUGAACAUAAUGUUUUCUUUGAUUUUAACAGUGAAGGUGUUGAUGUAUGUCAGUUAAGGACAUUAUAGUUUUGUUUUAAAAUAUAGGCUAGUAAUUUUGUAAUAAAUGCAUGACAGAGGACUUUUAAAAUGGCCUCCAUGUUACAAAGAACAAACGUUUACAUGACGUGUUUGUAGCUUUUCCUGUGCUGGGCUUAAGUUUAUUCCUUCGACCAACAUGAUUUUUUGAUUUAAAGGUUUAGUUCUCACACCACCACUGGGAAAGCUACAAAUGCUGCCUCACAAUGGCCCAAAUCAAACUAAGAAGUACAUGAGAGGAUUCCUGAUUCUGCCUGUCCCUGGUCUGUUUUUUUCUGUCUGGCUACUGUAACUUUACUUGUUUGGUUUGUUUUUAUAUAACCAGAACGUGCGUACGUAUGUAUGUUAUUACUAUUAUAAUGACAGCAUAAAACCUUGUCUAAAUAUCUAGCAACAUAUUCCUUGUGAGAGUGCUUUGGAAAAAUUAUUAUGCAUCAGAUCAAGUCCUAGUGUAAAGAUGACAAUGAGCAAUAAAUUAAAGAUCAUUUUUUAUUGAAUGUUUUACAAAAACAAUUAUCUUAUUGAAUAAAGUAGAAGAUUUUUAGACA